AUGGCUUCAGGAUACGGACUUGCUGGUGGCCCAUCCCGCUGCUUCCCCUUCUGGCAAGAAGUCCUCGCAUGCUACACGACCAACACAAACGCCGAGGACGACUCUGGCAAGGCAAAAUGCGCACCCGUUCUUGAGGACUACUACGAGUGCCUUCACCACAAGAAGGAGGCCGCACGUACCCUCGCCCUCCAAGCCGCGUACCGCAAAGCCGAAGCCAACAUAAAACGCGACGACGCACCGUCCGCAGGCGAGAUAAGGCGAUUGGGCGUGUUGGAUGCGCCGCUUGAGGAGAAGAAUCUCAAGCCGAGCAAGUGGUUCCCGCAUAAGGAGAUUAACUAG